AUUCCGAAUGACUUUGGGAUUAUUAAAAAGUUGGUAAACGAAUAAUGCUAAAAGAGUUACAAACCUUCAAUCGUAUUCUUGUUUACUUGUGACACAUGUUUAUUUCAAUUACAAAAGUGCCUAUUCCAGCCCCUUGCGUACUGGAUUCAUCUAGCUUUUAAACCGCUUUGUUACACUGAAUUUCAAACAUGCCCUACCAAUUAAGAUAGUGUGACUUCAACGCAGCAUCCUUUGUCGGCUUUUGCGUUUGUAUGGACAUUGACAACCAUAUUAAAAUCCAUAUUUCCCCAUUCAUUUUCAUUUAAAAAAAUCCAAACUAAGCCUACAGAUACCGAACCCACAAGAGCGGCACUCUCUUCUGCGCAUUUGCAGAAGGAAGGCGAGCAAUUUCCGGCUAAACAUGGCGGACGAUAAGGAUUCUCUGCCAAAAUUGAAAGAUCUUGCUUUUUUGAAGGAUCAGUUGGAAAGUUUGAAACGAAAAGUUGAAAAUGAAGUACAGGCUGGAGUGGGACAGGAUGGUUCUUGGCUGGCUUCUCCAUUUGUCAAAGGAUUUCUUGCUGGAUUUGUUGUAGCCAAACUAAGAUCUUCUGCAAUCAUAGGCUUUUUGGUGGGGAGUUGUACUGGAGUGUUUGCGGCUCAGACCUAUGCAAUUCCUGAUGUUGAAAAGACAGUCAAAGACUAUUUCAAUUCAUCCAAGAAAAGAUCAAACUAGAAAUGCAACAAUAUUCAUGCAACAGUAUACUCCAGGGGAAAAAAUAAUCUUUCGGCUUUUCAUUUCUUUCAGUUCUACAUAGGUCAAAACAUUUAGCUCCACUUUAGACCUUAUUAUUAACUGGAAAAGUGUUUUAUAAUGAACAAAUAAUAACAUUUCAGCAGGUCUGCUUUUUAAGGUUUUCAGUUCUAGAAUGAAACUGAUGCUGCUUGCUUCAACUGUCCUGGGGUUUAGAUCAGAUGAAAGCCUGGGUUUGGAUAGCAAAGCAGUCUCUCUCUGAUGGAGCAAAAAGCAAUUGAUACGGCAUGCCUGCUAUAAAUGUGCCCAUGCCAGGAAACACAGUGUGAGAUACCAACUUUCUCCUAAUCAUGUAUAUAUAUUAUACUGACAUAUGCAUUUCAUUUCUUUGCUGAUUUGAGUCCUUCUUUGUACAAGCAUCUACUUGCCACAAAGAUAGUGUAGAUUUCUUUUUUAAAAAACAAACGGUGCUUCUUCCCUUUUCUCUAUACAUCCUGAAAAUUAUCACUGAAUAUUGGUUGUCUUGUUGUUGUUAUAUUUUUGGUAUUGUAUUAAGUGGGUAUUGCUGAUCCUGAUUUAUCUCUGGUUGCUUUAUACUCCUUUUUUUAAUUUUAAUGGCUAGAGUCUUUGCCACCUCUAUUUUACUUUUAAUUGCUUUAAAGAAAUCAUUCUUCCUGCACCAAAGACUGACUCAGCAUAGGCAACCUGCCCUUUUGGUACUUAGGAGCCUUGUAUGCAGCUGGAAGCCCUCGGUGCUCUCUAUAUGACCUGCCUUUGACAGAUGGCUACAUAUCACUCAGUUUAAGCUUUCUUAACUUCAGUUAAUCUUUCUAGAUCCCAUGCUUCUUGAUAUUUCAGUUAUCUCUAGUGAAACUCUGCUGAAGAUACAAAAUCUUAAUGAAUCUCCAGAAUCACUUUCUUUCUUCAUGUAUUUGUUUACUUGUUAAACUACCUUUUACUUAAGAGUUUAAGGCAGUAAUCAAUGCCCCUCUAUUUCCCCCAUAACAAUUCUAUGGGCUACAUGAGAGUGACUGCCCCAAAGUCUUCUGAUGAGCUGCUUUAAUCAGUUUUCCAACAUUACACUAUACACUAAAACAGACUUUUUCUUUUUUGUUUUGCUAAAUGUGGUAAUUCAUCUGUCAAGAAGCUAAGCAACUGGAUUCCUAGAAGGUGUCUCAUUUGAGUAUAUUUAUUAUAUACUAAAUCUGUCCAUGAAAUAAUGUGUUUGUGUAUAUGCAUGCGCAUGCAUUUGUGUAUGCCCAUAAAAGGGCUGUCGUAACUGGGUUGCAACACACACACAGCCAAUAGAUGACAACAAAGAUUUGAUGAAUUCUUGCACUGCUUUCUCUCUGAAAUAUAGCUGUAGAUACAUAGAGCUACUGUUUUAGCAUAGAGCUAAGUUGCAAAAUAUGGAUGAACCCUGGAUGGCAGCAAAUUUUGUGCAAGAUAUCAUUGAAUCAAGUUCAGAUAGUUCAAAGCAUAUUGUGGGAGGAAAAGGCCACAAUAAAGUAUCAGAUUUUAUGUAAUUCAGUUAUGUUUUGUACAUACAUAUAUAUACACACAUACCUUCAGUUUAUGAAUAUAUAUAUAUUCAUUAUAUAUAUAUAUACACACACACACACACACAUAUAUAUAUAUGCAUGCAUGCAUGCAUGCAUGACUUUUGGCCAUAAAUAAAAAUUAUUGAUACUAAUAUUCAAUAUAUAAAAAUGACUAUGAAUGGAAUGGUUUAUCAUAAAGUAUAAUCCCUCUCUAAGAUAACAGUUUUACCUUAGUUCUGUUUAAAUUCUGUUUCAAUCUUUAAUCUCCUUAAUCCCUGAUGAUAAAAGCAGAUUCUUGUAUAGAAGCCUAUUUUUUUUUCCAUAUGGGGUAAAAGUGCCUGGAACUUUACUUUUGUCUGCCAGAUCUUCAUUCCAGAAGGCAUUAAGAGAUUGUUUUGUUUUAAUGCAUGGUCAUGAUUUUGAAGAAUCUGUUAUGAUAGUAAGAAAGUGGGACCUUAGAAAGCAUUUUCUGGCUACCUAAUGGCCAGAUUUCUGAAUCUUCAGAAGGGAAAGAUUUAUGUUUUUUUAUAAGUAGCACUAGAAUAUUGUCUCCAAGAUGUCCAUCUCUAUCCCUGCAGUUUUUUUAUCAUACUUGGAGUUGUGUUGGAAGACGGUAGGCUCACCCAAGUGCCAGUUAAUCACUCUCUGAUGGGAGUAUUAGAAUUUUGUUCUUUUCUAAAGAUUCAGUCUAACACAAAUGUCUUAUAAACAUUAAGGUGAUUAUGUGCCUUUUGCAAACUGGUUUUGUUAUUCUGUAUUUUUUGCCUUUAUAAAGAAUGUAUUGCUCCCAGAUACUUUCCAAGAAUAGAUACAACACAAGCAACAACCAAACACAGUUCUUUUCUGUUCCAUAAAGUUUUCCUAAUUUUUCUUUCCUGGAUUUGCUAAAUAGUUAGCAUGUUUAAAACCACAGGUUUAAGUGCUUGCUUUUCCAAAUGAUGUUCAGAAAUGUUUUUAUUUAAAUUCAAUUCCUUAUCGUUGCCCUGUAGAAUGUAGUCAUAUUUUAUAUUCUUUUUUUGGCCAAGUAGUUUUGAACUUCCUUAAGUUGUUUUUUAUUAUUUUGAGUAUAUCAUGUAAUUCUGAUAUCAUUAGCAUUUCUAUUAUCCUGUAGCCAAAUUAAUAAUUGCAAACAAUCAAUAAUUAGAAAUAAGACUAUACAGUAUUUCCAUUUAUACUCACCAGAUGCCUUGUGUAGAUUUCCAAAAUAAAGUAUUAUGUUUCUUU